AUGGAGCACCACGGCAGGGAGGAGAUGAACUCGAAAGAGGAAAGUCCUCAGGUGUGGGCUGACUCUGCUGAGCAGGAACAGAAUAGUGCUCAGGUGCACUUUGUCCCUGAGGGAGGGGCAGUGGCGCAGAUCGUGUACAGCGAUGAGCAGGACCGUCCCUCGCAGCAGGUUGUCUACACAGCGGAUGGCACCUCCUACACCUCUGUGGACACCUCGGAGCACACCCUGGUUUACAUCCACCCCGUGGAAGCUACACAGACUCUGUUUACAGAUCCCUCCCAAGUGGCUUACGUCCAACAGGAUGCCACCACCCAGCAGGCAUCAUUACCGGUGCAUAACCAGGUGUUACCUCCUAUGGAGGCAGUGGAUGGAUCUGACCCUUUAGCACCUCUGCAGAAUCAAAUGGGAAGGAUGGAAACAAAAGAGGAAGAUGACGAGGACGAAGAUGAGGAUGAAGAGGGGGAAGACACUGACAUGGAUGAAUGGGAUCCAGAUCCACCUCGACCCUUUGAUCCCAACGAUUUGUGGUGUGAGGAGUGUAAUAACGCGCAUCCUUCCGUGUGUCCGAAACAUGGACCAUUGCAUCCAAUCCCAAACAGGCCAGUGCUGACCAGGGCAAGAGCCAGCCUUCCUUUGGUGCUCUACAUAGACAGGUUUUUGGGAGGUGUGUUCUCCAAAAGGAGGAUCCCCAAACGCACACAGUUUGGACCUGUGGAAGGACCCCUGGUUAGACAAACAGAACUCAAAGACUGCUAUAUCCAUUUGAAGGUUUCUCUUGAGAAGGGGGACAGAAAAGACAGAGAUUUGCAAGAGGACCUGUGGUUUGAACUUUCUAGCGAGGCACUUUGUAACUGGAUGAUGUUUGUGCGUCCAGCUCAAAACCAUUUGGAGCAGAACCUGGUUGCGUAUCAGUAUGGCCACCACAUUUACUACACCACCAUCAAAAACGUGGAGCCCAAGCAGGAACUCAAGGUGUGGUAUGCUGCUUCUUAUGCAGAGUUUGUGAACCAGAAGAUCCAUGACAUAUCUGAGGAGGAAAGGAAGGUUCUCAGAGAGCAAGAGAAGAACUGGCCCUGUUAUGAGUGCAAUCGGCGCUUCAUGAGCUCGGAGCAACUCCAGCAGCACCUCAACUCCCACGAUGAGAAGCUGGACUUCUUCAGCAGAGCCAGAGGCCGAGGUCGUGGCCGAGGGAAGAGGAGGUUUGGACCAGGCAGACGCCCCGGGCGCCCUCCCAAAUUCAUGCGUAUGGAAGUGACCAGUGAAAAUGGGGAGAAAUGUGAAGAAGGGACACAGGACUUGCUGCAUUUUUCCAGCAAGGGGCAGUUUGAUGAGGCCGGACAAGCCACACUGAACGGGCUGGAGCAGCAGGAGCAGACUCCAGUGCCACCAGAGCCACAGUCUGCACUGGAGCAGCAGUCAGAAAACCACCCGCUACAAAUGCAGGCGCAGCACGAUGAGAGCCCGGUGCCCACGCAGAGCACCAUGACAGCAGAUGACAUGAGGCGAGCAAAGCGUAUCAGGAAUGCAGCUCUUCAGCACCUCUUCAUCCGGAAAUCCUUUCGCCCCUUCAAAUGCCUCCAGUGUGGGAAGGCCUUUAGGGAAAAGGACAAACUGGAUCAGCACCUCCGCUUCCACGGGCGGGAAGGGAACUGCCCUCUGACUUGUGACAUCUGCAACAAGGGCUUCAUCAACAGUGGGGCUCUUGAGAGCCACAUGAAGUUCCACAUGGACCAGAAAACAUACUCCUGCAUCUUCUGUCCUAAGUCCUUUGACCGCCUGGAUCUGCUCAAAGACCAUGUGGCCAUCCAUGUCAACGAUGGCUAUUUCACCUGUCCUACGUGCAAGAAACGCUUUCCAGACUUUAUCCAGGUGAAGAAGCACGUCCGCAGCUUCCACUCAGAGAAGAUCUACCAGUGCACUGAGUGUGACAAAGCCUUCUGCCGCCCUGACAAGCUGCGCCUCCACAUGCUGCGCCACUCGGACCGCAAAGACUUCUUGUGCUCCACGUGUGGCAAGCAGUUCAAGAGGAAGGACAAACUGCGAGAGCACAUGCAGAGGAUGCACAACCCAGAGAGGGAGGCCAAGAAAGCGGAUCGGAUCAGCCGCUCCAAGACCUUCAAGCCUCGGAUUGCUUCCACUGACUACGAGAGCUUCAUGUUCAAGUGCAGGCUCUGCAUGAUGGGCUUCCGCCGCAGGGGCAUGUUGGUGAAUCAUUUGUCAAAAAGACAUCCAGACAUGAAAAUAGAAGAGGUGCCAGAGCUCACAUUGCCCAUCAUUAAACCCAACAGAGAUUACUUCUGUCAGUACUGUGAUAAGGUGUACAAGAGUGCCAGUAAACGCAAAGCACACAUCCUGAAGAACCAUCCUGGUGCUGAGCUACCUCCAAGCAUCCGGAAGCUGCGUCCUGCAGGCCCAGGAGAGCCAGAUCCGAUGCUGAGCACCCACACCCAGCUCACAGGCACCAUUGCCACCCCUCCAGUCUGCUGUCCUCACUGUUCCAAGCAGUACAGCAGCAAGACAAAGAUGGUCCAGCACAUUCGCAAGAAGCACCCAGAGUUUGCUCAGCUCCCGAACGCGAUCCAUGCGCCGCUGGCGACCGCUGUCAUCAGCUCCACUCCUGCUGUUCUAACCACCGACAGCACUACUGGAGAGACUGUUGUGACAACAGACUUACUGACCCAGGCAAUGACAGAGAUAUCCCAGACCCUCACCACGGACUACCGGACUCCCCAGGGAGAUUACCAGCGGAUCCAGUACAUCCCAGUGUCUCAAUCCACAACUGGCUUGCAGCAGCCCCAGCACAUACAGCUGCAGGUUGUGCAAGUGGCCCAGGCUACCUCACCUCACCAGUCCCAGCACUCCACAGUGGACGUUGGGCAGCUUCAUGACCCCCAGACCUACACCCAACAUGCUAUCCAGGUGCAGCACAUCCAGGUCACAGAGCCUUCGGCAGCACCUCAGUCAUCAGCACAGGUUGGGCCUCAGCCUUUGAGUCCCUCCUCCCAGCAAUCUCAGCAGGAGCUCAGCCCCUCACAGAUGCAGACAGCUACAUCGACACCAACCCAAGCCCUCCAGCAGCAGCAGGGAUCUUCAGUCCAGCACACCUAUCUUCCCAGCACAUGGAACUCGUUUCGGAGCUAUUCAUCCGAGAUCCAGAUGAUGACCAUUCCCCAAGGCCAGUAUGUGAUCACAGAGACUGCUGUAGGAACACCAGUCACCACUGUCAACACAGGGCAAGUGAAAGCAGUUACUCAGACUCACUAUGUGAUAUCUGAAGGUCAGCCUGAUCUGGAAGCCAAACAAAACUCUUCGCUCUCCAGUGAGGUCCAGGUCGGUGUUUCCCAGCCCCCAGCCCACACGGAUACCUUGGAAUCCCAAACAAGCACUCAGCAGCCCCCCACCCAGUACAUCAUCACUACAACCACCAACGGGAACGGUGGCAGCGAGGUGCACAUCACUAAACCCAGAACUUUCUCAGCAGAACAUGAAUGAAGAAGCCUUGUUGGUGUCGCUUGCUUGUACUUGUCACCUGCCCCAAAGCCCACAUCUGUGGGGAUGCUGGGGUUCAAUAUGUUUUAAAGUAUAUGCUCACUUCAACUAAAAUCUUGGAGCACUU